ACGGCCCAAGUCCUCGACUCAGUUUCUCCACUUACCUCUCCAUUGUUGAACCAGCAAAAGCCGAAAAACGCAGUCUUUUAACAUUUGAAAAGCCCUCCCGUUCGAACUCUGCUAUCAGAGGAAGCAGAAUGUCAAGAAGCGGCAGUGAUGGUGGGGGCGAGGUGGAAGUGAAGAGGGUGUUCAUAGGAGCAGGAUGUAACAGAGUAGUCAACAACGUUUCAUGGGGUGCCUGUGGUUUGGCGGCCUUUGGUGCUCAAAACGCUGUCGUUAUUUUCUGCCCGCAGACUGCUCAAAUUCUGACGACGCUUCCGGGUCAUUCAGCUUCUGUGAACUGCACCCAGUGGUUCCCAAGUGCUAAGUUUGCUUUUAAAGCUAAACACUUAGAGCGGCAUUACCUCCUUUCUGGAGACGCUGAUGGCACCAUUAUUUUAUGGGAAUUAGCUCUGCUUUCCGGGAAGUGGAGGCAUGUAUUAAAAGUACCAGAAUCGCACAAGAAGGGUGUCACAUGCUUUACUGGGAUAAUGGUAUCGGAAACUGUGGCAAUCUUCGCGUCUACUUCUUCAGAUGGUACUGUUCAUGUAUGGGAGGUGACUUUUCCAUCUACUAAUGAAGGUGACUGUAGAUUGUUGUCUCUGGAAUCUCUCUCUGUUGGUUCAAAACCUAUGGUAGCACUGUCAUUGGCUGAGUUGCCUGGAAAUACUGAACAUUUAGUUUUGGCAAUGGGAGGAUUGGAUAACAAAAUUCAUCUAUAUUGUGGGAAGAGGACAGGAAAGUUUAUUCAUGCUUGUGAGUUAAAAGGGCACACAGAUUGGAUUCGAAGCUUGGAUUUCUCAUUACCCAUAUGGACCAAUGGUGAAGCAAAAAAUAUUCUUCUUGUAAGUUCAUCUCAGGAUCGGGGCAUACGCGUAUGGAAGAUGGCUCUACGUGGUUUUUCAGGCAAUUACCUUGGUGCAAUUAGGAAAGAAGGAAUUAGUCUAGCAUCUUAUAUAGAGGGCCCUGUAUUUGUUGCUGGCACAUCCUCAUAUCAAGUAUCUUUGGAAUCUCUGCUAAUCGGACAUGAAGAUUGGGUGUAUUCAGUGGAAUGGCAACCUCCGACAGUUGCAGCUGGAGAAGGUAUUGCUCACCAACCCCAAAGCAUAUUAUCUGCUUCAAUGGACAAGACAAUGAUGAUUUGGCAACCAGAAAAAACUUCUGGCAUCUGGAUGAAUGUUGUUACUGUUGGGGAGUUAAGUCAUUGUGCACUAGGGUUUUAUGGUGGUCACUGGAGUGCAAAUGGAGAUUCAAUUUUAGCACAUGGAUAUGGUGGGUCUUUUCAUCUCUGGAAAAAUGUUGGUGUUGACUUUGAUAAUUGGCAACCACAAAAGGUCCCAUCUGGGCACUUUGCAGCAGUGGCAGAUAUUGCAUGGGCAAGAUCUGGUGAAUAUUUGCUGUCUGUCAGUCAUGACCAGACAACUCGAAUUUUUGCUCCUUGGCAACAUGAAGCAACUUCUCUCAGUGGUGGGGAUUCCUGGCAUGAAAUUGCACGCCCUCAAGUUCAUGGACAUGAUAUUAACUGCGCAACCAUUAUCCAAGGAAAGGGGAACCACCGUUUUGUCAGUGGAGCUGAUGAGAAAGUUGCCAGAGUAUUUGAGGCUCCUUUGUCUUUCUUAAAGACACUUAAUCAUGCCAUUUCACAAAAGUCUGGCUUCUGUGAAGAUCUUCAAUUAGGUGUUCAGAUUUUGGGUGCAAACAUGUCUGCUCUUGGGCUAUCUCAGAAACCUAUUUAUGUUCAGGAAGCUGAGAAUGAGACUGCUGACAGAAAUGGCAGUGAUUCAUAUGACACCCUUGAAACAAUUCCAGAUGCAGUUCCAGUAGUGUUGACUGAACCUCCCAUUGAAGAUCAACUGGGAUGGCAUACACUGUGGCCAGAGUCGCACAAACUUUAUGGUCAUGGGAAUGAGCUGUUUUCCCUAUGCUGUGAUCAUAGGGGGAAUCUUGUAGCCUCAUCAUGUAAGGCUCAAUCAGCGACAGUUGCAGAGAUAUGGCUAUGGCAAGUUGGUUCAUGGAAGGCAGUAGGUCAGUUGCAUUCUCAUAGCCUGACAGUGACACAGAUGGAAUUCUCUUACGAUGACAAAUUGCUUUUAUCUGUUUCAAGGGAUCGCCAGUUCUCUGUUUUCAAUAUCGAAAAGACAGGUACUACUGAUGAAAUAAGCUACCAGCUUCUAGCAAAGCAAGAGGCACACAAGAGAAUUAUAUGGGCAUGUUCUUGGAAUCCAUUUGGUCACGAGUUUGCAACAGGUUCCAGGGACAAGACGGUGAAAAUUUGGGCAGUGGAAAAUCAAUCUUCAGUUAAGCCUCUUUUGACUUUGCCGCUGUUUAAAAGUAGUGUCACUGCACUAUCUUGGGUUGGUCUUGAUAGCAAGAAAAACAAUGGUUUAUUGGCAAUUGGAAUGGAAAAUGGACUCAUCGAAUUAUGGAGUCUUUCCAUAAACAGAACUGGUGAUGGAAAUAUAGCAGUACUAGGUGCAACCGCCGCUCCUGUUGCCCGGCUCGAUCCAGUUAUGUGCCAUGCAUCUGCAGUAAAUCGUUUGGCAUGGAGGAACCCUGAGAAGAAUGAAGAUUUCAGCAGUAUGCAGCUUGCUUCUUGUGGAGCAGACAAUUGUGUGAGAGUGUUUGAUGCCACCAGCCAUGCAAUAGUUGACAAAAACCUUGCGAAUUGUAAUUUUGGACCGGAAGAAACAUCUAUCAGGGACACAGCAGCAGAAGAAGAAAAAAAAUGUAUUCUACCACGUUUGGCAAGGUGGCAGAGUUAAACGUAGUCAAGCAUAUAAGAUUUAUCAUGUUGUAAAAUCCAUACGUAUUUGAAAAUACAUAUAUAAAUAUGAAUAAUAAUGUUGUUAAACUAUCAGGAAUUUCUAAAA